UACUUUAUUAUAAUGUUAUAAUUUUUUCCAUCUUCUAAGACUGUAUUACUGUAUUAAACACCUCACUAAUUUGUGCGUAUUACGAAAUCGGGACACCGAAUAAGCUUGUUUUUUGCCUUUCACUUUUACGAUAAGAGAACCAUGGAGGCGAGGGUAAAAUAUUUGUCACAGAUAGAAGCCUAUAUCGAGGAUGUUGACAAAGAAGUGACGAUGAUUCUGCAAAGCUUACAGUGGGAUAGAAAACGUCUUUUGGAGAGUACUCCUCUAGCAGCAUGCAGGUACAAUGCGAGUCACAGAGUGCCGCAGACCUUAAAGGGUAGCCAUGAAGCCAGGUGCCUAUUGAACAGUUAUGGCUAUACUCAAGAACAUAGGCUACUGCCAGAUCCACCUGAUGACAAUGCUUCUACACUUGUUAAACUUAGUAAAGAAGACAUUAACCAAAUAAUAGAAAAUGCAGCAAAAUGUGACCCAUUAUUUAAAAGAGGAGCAGGAAUCGAGGAUGUUCAGCCACUUACAUUGGAGAGACUGCAGAGUUCCUUCACGGCGGAUGAGCGGCGGGCAAUUCACGACGCCGUCGCUAACGUCGCGCCGACUGUGCAUCAACUGUCUGACUUCACUCUCCCAGGUGGCGACGACGUGACACCGGCGCGCGAGAGGUCUCGCGUGGAGGUGCUGGCGGAGCUGCGCGACAUGAAGCGACGCCGCACAAAGUACCGCACCGCUGCGCGGACCAGCAAGUACUCGGAUGUGCUUCGCGAUGUCAUUAAAACUCAGAUGGAUUUUUACUGCGAAGCACUAGAUGUAAAUCAAUCCAAUAAACUAUCAGAAAAUUGCGUAAAUUAUGACAAUCACGAUACCACUAAAUACCAGGGAGUUACAAAUACGACGUUGACUAAAAACAAUUCUUCAUAUCGAAAAGAAAUAUCAAAGAGCACAAACCACGUGUAUGUGGAUAACAGAUAUACAAGAAAUUCUAAAGACAUUUUUUCCGAACGACCAAACCAUAAGCAUCAGGACAGUAGAAGAGAACACUAUGAUAACAGAUAUAGAAAUGACAGUUUUGAGGAUAGAAAGAGACAUGACGAUAUUAAACAUAAACGCCGUCACAAGCAAGACAGAGAUGAUCAUAGGCAAUCGAAACCCGAAAGUUACGAGUACAAAUUAGACCGCGAAAUAAAAAAGGAACCAGAGGAGUUUUCUACAGGUCAUAGUAGUAAGAGUUACCAAGGCAAAAGCUGCGAACAGUCCAAAUCUAAAUAUCGAAAUGAUAGCAAGUAUAAGGACAGACAAAGGCUGCAUUACAAAGAAUAUUAUUUCUCUAGUAGGGACUACGAUAAUGAAAGAAGUGAACCAAAUUCGAAUCCUACAAAUAGAUGUAAAGAUCGUCGCAGAAAGUCUGAAAAUGGCAAGCAUCAUGAAAGAAAACGCAAACACAACAAUGACAGAGCUAAGGAAGAUUUUUCUUUUCGAUACGACGACAUUAAACGUGAAAAGUCCGACGAUAGUGCGACAGAAGACAACGUUAAACGAAAGAAAUAUUGA